AUGGCGGGCGCUGUCCCUCGACCUGAUGCGAAUAUGACACGACACGAGCCCGUACCAUACGAAGAACUCUCUAGAUCGACCAUCUACACCAUGAUCCCCUCCGUGGUCCGUUCAAGGAUACCAGUCUUGACUUCCCUCCGGCAUACGGCAAAGACGGUGGUCCUUCAUGGCACGAGUGUCCGUAGGAGGGCAGGUAAUUUUUCUUGCAUCGAGUCCACCAAAGAGAAGGAUAGUUAUGAGUUUGCAUCAACCGCCAACUCAAGUGGAACAACAACACCCACGAUCAGACCAGAAAGCCCGGAAGGAAGCAUCCCUUCACAAGAUCUGACUCUGAGGAUGCUCCCACCGUUGGAAGUGAGAUCAGGCGUGGACUGGGAUGUUGCUCUCACUGGAGUGAGGUUAUGGGUCAACGCCAAAACCCAAGCAGAGCAAGGAGGCGACCCGGUCGCCCUGCGGAGCAUGCACAUUGAUGCUUUGCGAUAUAUGCACAUGGCCCUGCCGUCAGAUCUGACGCCCCUCGAGAUCCAGACUCUGCGAGCUAGCAUGUCAACCCAGCUUAUCUCUCAAGCUGAAAACCUCAUCGAGUAUCGCGCUCGACGACAACCAAACAUUCUCCGCCAGGGUGUUGCCCAGGCUGUGUGCUGGCUUGUUGCCGGAUUAUUACUGGUCCUACCGAUUAUCAUGACCCUCCUCAACCGACUUCUUCAAUUUGAGCGCGACCAUCAAGUCACCGAGCGAGUGCUCGCAAAUGGUAUUGACCUGACUUCGGCUCUCGGUGAUCGUGGUGCAGAGUUACACCAAGCAAUCGUUCGCUUCAAGGAUGGCCGGGUGGGAGGCGCCUGUGUGGAGCUUGGAUCCUGGUUCGUAGAAGGAAUCGUUGGCGGUGUCAAUGAUGGUAUUGACGCUGUGGCUCAGACUCGAAGGAAAGCCUCGGUCGCCAAAUGUCCUGGCUGA